AUGCUCAGGGAAGACAAGAUUAGUGAACUGCCUGAUGACGUUCUUGCUUCAGUACUUUCUUUGUUGACACUGAAGGAAGCCAUGCUCACCAGCUUAUUCUCAACCAGAUGGAGGUACCAACGGACACAUAUUAAACACCUCAACUUUCAUCUAUCAAGAAAAGAGACUAAUGAUAGAAAAUAUAGAGGCCAUCUGUCCAAGAAUGAGAAGCUACGCCAUGUCAAUCGGGUCAAUUGUGUUCUGGAUUUGCACAAGUCUCAUUUUCUAGAGAAAUUCAGAAUUGCCUUGCCUCUUGAUCAAGAGGAUUACCAUUGCGAACUUGAUAAGUGGAUCAAGUUUGUGCUGUCAAGGAAAGUCCAGGCCCUCGAAAUAGACUUAACAGAACCCUCGAGGAGGAGGCGAAGGAACCGUAGGAUACAAUAUACUUUGCCUUUGAAUCGGACCAGCAGCAAUUCAUCAUUUUCUGCUUCAUUCUUCAACGCCCUCAAGUCUUUGUCCUUGAAGUUUGUUGGUGUGGAUGAUCAAAUGGCUAGAUCUUUCAUAUCCAGCUGUCCUAUGCUCGAACAUUUGUCGAUCCAAGGUUCAUCUCAACUUAAAAACUUGCAAAUUACUGGACCAUCACUCAAGCUAAAUGGAAUACCUGAUUUCAUCGCAAGGAUGUCAGAAUGCUUCAAUCAACUCGUGGAGCUUAAUCUUAAGAUUUCACAGCUUGACGUAGAAAUUGCCUUCGUAAAGUAUAUUCGUAAAUUUCCCAAAAUGGAGAAGCUCAGAGUUCUUAAGCUGGACGUCUUGUCUACAUCCGAAACUAUUCUUUUGAGCCUCUCCGCUCUAUUUAAUGCAUCUCCAUAUCUACGUGAAUUUGUGAUUCAGAUUGAGUGGGCUGCAUAUGAGUCGACAAUAGACUUGAACAGGUUAACAUUUCAGUACGAGUACUAUCCUAAAAAUGAACAUCUCAAAACUGUGAAGUUUGGAGGAUACUCUCACCGUUUAUCUGAGUUCGAGUUUGUUGUUCACCUUUUGACAUAUGCAGUUGCACUUGAGGAAUUCAUUGUUGACACUCGUACGUCUGAAGGUCCAAAUAAAAGGCAAGACAUAACAGGUCAUUCUCGCAGGCAGUUUGAAAGAAUAACCCCUCAAGGAGUCAAACUGGUCAUCCUUUAA